AUGAGGUUUACAUUUGUGAGUCAUCGUUCUCGAGCCUCCAAGGUGCGGCAGCAUGUCCACUGUGAUUCCUGCUACAGUCGGCGCUGCAGGGCUCGGGUGGAGGUCUCUGUGUGCUGUGCAGUCGUCCCCUGCCGCCUGCACUGUGGAGCUCUCUUCCACCUGUGCAAAGAGGAGGAUCACCUGCUGCUCUGCCCUAACGUGAGGGUGCCUUGCCUCAACGCUGGGUACGGCUGCCCGGUUCACCUUCCCCGCUCCUCGCAGGCUGCCCACCUCCAGGUGUGUCCGGCCAGCGUGGUGUGUUGCUCCAUGGAGUGGCUCCGCUGGCCGACUGAUGACACAAACCCACACAGUAACAUAACCCUGCAGGAGAAUGUGCUGAAGGAAAAUGAAGGGCGGGAUGAAGUGGCUCUGGAUUUUGCCAUGGCCAUGGUUGAUCAGUCAGACCUUUACAGCCGCCUGAAAAUGAAGCCCCUCUUUCCAGAGCUGAUGGAGGAGGAAGAGGUGGAGGAAAUAAAGGAGGAGAAGAAAGAAGAGACGGCAGUGGGAGGGUUUGUCAAUGGUGCCACAAACAUUGAUGCCAGUAAAGAAAACAGCUUGCGUCAGAAUACUGUUGAAGAGACUGUACAGAACAGUGCGGGACAGCGGCGAGUCCUCAGCACAGAGACAUACAACCUGUCUGAGAUGAUGUUCAGCAUGGAGAGAGGUGGCUGUGCCGUCGCUCAGGCAAACCUAGACGAUCCCAAACAAAACCCAAAUCCUGGGGAAAAGGGGAAGGCCCAGAGUGAGAGAGAUUCAAAAGAGGCUGAGAGGCAGGACACAGAGAGGGAAGAUGAAAACUGCCAUGAAGCAGACACAAGUAAGACAGGGCAGGCCCCGUGGCAGGAGGGGGUGCUGGAGCGCCUGGGGCAGGAGCUCAGCCCACAGGAGUACAACAUGUAUAUUGUGCAUCAUGGGCGCAUGCUGAUCGCCUUUGGACAAAUCGAGGCCUGCACGCCAAGGGACAAAGAUUUUGUCUAUGGCAGCCUGGAGCCUAUUCCAGUCCAGACCGUGCGCUCUUUCAAGGUCCCUGACAGUUAUCACUACAGGCGGCGGGUUCAUCUGUAUGACACGGCAGCGAGGGCUCAGAGCGAGCCUCGCAGCGUGGACACAUCAGACCUCGGGGUCAAAGAAGACGACUGGUUCAGUGACGAAGCAGCAGCCACCCUGCUGGGCUACGCUGAGGAGGAGGUCAUGGGUCACAAGAUCAGCCAGUCAAAGGCAGCCGAUGGGCUCUAUGUUGACGUGGGAACACAGACGCACUCAUUCCGCUCGGCUCCGUUCAAAAGGAAGACGACCCUGGCGGAGGUGAUGGUGGACAGACCGCUGAAGCUUCGUCUGCAGCUGCAGGCAGAGAGUGUGAACAGCAGACACAGCAGAGCCAGCUGUGUGUUCUCCUUCCUCUGUGGCCACACCUUCCACCGCAGAGAGUUCGCCACACAUGUCAGGAACGUCCACAGUGACAUCCAGACAUGUCUAAGUGGAUGGUUCGAGCAGAGAUGCCCCCUAGCGUAUCUGGGAUGCACCUACAGCCAGAGGAGGUUUCAGCCCUCCACACAUAAGGCCACCGUCUCCUACAGUCAGCAGCUGAGGAGUUUCAGCUUACGUCCGACCCUCGAAGCCGCUCAGAGAGAGGGGGGAGGUGAGGCAGGAGGAGGGGAGGACUCUCUGAGCUCGCUGCCGUAUGAGGUGCUGUGCCACGUGGCCACUUUCCUGGACAGUCUGUCCCUGUCCCAGCUGGCGCUGGUGUCCCGGCUCAUGAGGCAGGUGUGCUCCUCUCUGCUGCAGGAGAGAGGGAUGGUCACCCUCCGCUGGGAGAGGAAGACCUACUCACACGGAGGAGCCAAGUGGAGGGCCAAACCUGUGUGGGAGUUCAGUCGACUCUUCUCCUCAGUGGAUUCUUGGCGUAUGGCCGACAUCUCUCCUAUAUCUGCUCAUCUAAAAGUCUGUCCUUACUAUGAGGCCUCUGUGCACAGUGAGCCUGUUCCCCUCCCCAGCAUGAGCACGAAACAGGGGUUGUGUGGGGGUUCAGCCAUGGAUGCUGGGAGGCUGGAGCAGCAGGUGGCCAGUGUGGAGAGAGGCAUCGCCUUCCUGAAGCAGGAGCACCUGGCCAUGCUGACGGGUCUGCAACUGGAGAUCACACACCUGAAGAGGCGCUGUCAUGAGCUAAGUUGUGAGCUGGACUCCAGGUUUCCUGACAGAAACACAGCAGAGGAGGAAGCAGAGCUGGCAGCACGCUGUGAGGCUGCAGAGCGUCUCCUGGAGGACCAGCAGUGUAUGAUGGUCGCUGUGCGCGGGGAGCUGCGGGCCGGCCGGGCACGAACAUCAGCGCUCGGUAGGAACCUCAGGGAAGAAGAGCGUCGUUUCCUGGACGAACUGAAACGCCGCAGCCACAAGAUCACGCUGCUGAGUCGUGAGCUGCAACGCCAAAAUGUCACCACCACGACCCUCUGCCACGAGCUCCACACUGCACGCUUAAAACUGUUCCAGCAACGGCAGAGCGCCAGCCAACCAGAGGCGAGACACAGGAGGCGUGUCACCCUGAGAGAGGAGAUGGUCAGAGCUUGCGUCCCACAGGAGAGAGUGACAUCACCGCGAAGGCCACACCCAAUGCCCGACCCCGCCCUCUUCUUGGUGCCGCUUAGAUACCGCCUCCUUCGCUUGAACCAGCCAAUCAGAACGCAGGAUGCAGAGGGGAUGGAGGAUGAGUGGGAGGAUAUAGAAGACAGCAGGGUGCACAGGAGGGUGGACAUGGGAGCAGGAGAGGGAGAAACUGCUCUGUGA